AUGAACGAUCGGAGACCGCGAUUGCGUUCAUCUCGUCGAGACGAACCCAUUUUGCUAUUCAUAUGUCUGUUCCGGACUCUUCAGUGCUCGUGCUUCGCGUCUUUCUCUCGCGUGUCUCUCUCUCUCACACACUCUCUCUCUCCAUCGCUGCUGUGCGCUGCUGUCCGCUGCGCCGGCCGUCGCCGCCAGAGCGUCGCGCCGCCGUGCGCUCGCGUUGCUGCCGCGCUGCCGUCCGCCGCGCCGGCCGUCGCUGCCAGAGCUAGCGUCGCGCCGUCGUGCGCCUGCGCGCCGCUGCCGCGUGCGCCGCGCCGCCGCCGUCGCGCCGCCGUGCGCGCUGCCGCCACCUGCUCUGUGCUGGCCGCCGUGAAGAAGCAAGCAGCAGCCAGCACCGAAGAAGCAAGCAAGCUGCCGGCAGAGCAAAGAAGCCAGGAAGAAAAAAGAGAAAAGAAAAGAAAAGAAAAGGAAAGAGGAAAAAAAAAGAAGAAGAAAGAAAGGAAAAAAAAAAGGGAAAAAAAAGAAGGAAAAGGGAAAAGUUGGAAAUUUCGGAUUUUCGUCGGAUUCAUCGUCAAUCUUUCGAAGAUGGUACUAUUUUCGGACGUUCUUGAUCGAAUUUUCUUCAUCGUCGGUAAAGGUAUGUUUAGAUGUUGACGUGCAUUUUGGGGAUGGAUCUCGGUAGCUGCACACACUAACUUAUCACGAUGUCGAUAGCUCAACCGGUGUAUACAAGUGGUGUGUCUGAUGGUUCGUUGUUUGUUUUUGUUUAUGUUGUGGUACGACGCUGGUAGCGUCGUGGUGGACUCUAUAUAUAUGCUGGUUAUAUCUGUUUCUGCCUGCCUGUGAUAUUUUCUUUUGGUCAGUUAUACCUCUCUAUAGAGGAAAUACUGCCAAAAUUUCCUUUUUUUAUAUAAAUAGGCUUGGUUGUAAAGUAGGGUGUUACAGCUUGGUAUCAGAGCCUAGGCUUUAGAUCCUAGGUAAUUGAAUGAUAAACCUGA